UGACUAGCUCAAAGCCAAUAUUUUUCCCAUUCAUCCACCAUUUCCACUCUUCCAAAACUCAAAUCAAACAAUGGAGUCCAGCAAUGAAAACCUCAACGCAACUCUCCUCAAUUUCGAAGAUCAAACUCCACUACCACUACCCAAAACACGAAACAGAAAAACCUUAAUCUUUACUUCAAUCAUUCUCGUCACCUUAAUCGCCACUGCUGGAAUCUUGUUCUUCGUACAGAAUCGCUCGACAAAAUCCAAAUACUCAGACCUUUACUUCGAAGGAUCACGCAAAUUCUACUGUCACUUAACAAUUUACCCCGAUUCUUGCUUCAGUUCAAUGUCCCACUUAAUCAAUCGUAGCUCAAUUGCAUCCAAUCCCCUCCCAAUUUUCUCCGCCUCACUUCAAAUUGCCCUCACCGAACUCAAAAACAGCAACAACUCAAUAUCCAACGCGAUGAUUUCAAUCUCGAAUGAGUUAUCCACCACAGUGUCGACUUUCCAUAAAUGUGCCACUCUGCUGAGUCACUCACUGAGUCUACUCAACCAAUCACUGGCAACUCUGUCCGUUGACCUGGAGGCCAUGGAGAUCGAAACGUUGACUUAUAGUGAAACUGAUAAUAUAAAGUCCUGGAACAUGGCUGCAAUGACCGGUGCAGAAGAUUGUUUCUAUGCAUUACAGGAGUUUGAGUCAACGGUGGAGAUUGACCGAGAGAAAAUGGUAGUAAAUGAAGUGAGAUCAAAGGUGGAUAAAGCAAGGAUGUGUUUGGCUAACUGGAUGGGAUUAUUUCUUAUGAAAGAUUACAUUCUUGACGAGUUCUAUAAUCCUAUUGUCGUGAGUGAUAAUUAUUACCCUGGUUACUCUGGUUUUGAUUAUGGGUUUAUUUUGUUUCUCUAUUGUGGUUUGUACUUGUUCUUGAUAGUGUUGUACGUUAUGGUUUUACGUGGUGAUUGAUACAAAAAUAGUAUAUGAUAUUUACCAAAGUGGGAUGAUCAAUUUAGUUUU